UGCAGUGGGAGCAGGGCUAUAGGCGGUGCGGAGCCGGCGGGGCUGUAGUGGUCGGAGUCGUUGUGUUGUGCGGUCGGGGACAUGGUGGGCUCCAGCGAGACCGGCGGCGAGUCGUGGCGGGGCCGAUACUACCGGCUGGAAGAGGUGCAGAAGCACAACAACAGCCAGAGCACCUGGAUCAUCUUGCACAACCGCAUCUACGAUGUCACCAAGUUUCUGGACGAGCAUCCAGGUGGUGAGGAGGUCCUCAGGGAGCAAGCUGGGGGAGAUGCUACUGAGAACUUUGAAGAUGUUGGCCAUUCCUCCGAUGCAAGGACACUGUCAGAAUCAUUUAUUAUUGGGGAACUCCACCCGGAUGAUAGAGGGAAGCUUCAGAAACCAACAGAGACUCUUAUUACCACGGUUCAGUCUUCUUCCAGUUCAUGGUCCAACUGGGUGAUCCCGGCAAUAGCAGCGAUUAUCGUGGCCCUGAUGUAUCGCUCCUACAUGGCAGAGUAAGCGCCUUACUAAGAACUAAUGCAAGAAGAGACUGAUCUAGGAGAGAAUAUAAGCAAUCCUAACCCAAUAUGUUUCCAGACAAAAGCCUGAUGUCUGAAGAAAAAUUCAACUUUUUCAGAAAACUGAACAUUUCUUUCUCAAUGCUGUGCACUUUUCUCAAUGUUGCCUUCUUAUUUGCUGUUCUGAAGUGAUAAAAAGGCAGCAUUUCUCUUUUUGUAUAACAAUUUCGAUAUCUAAUGAGUUAUUUGAUAACUGUAUUGGUUUCUGUAUUAGAAUAUUUUUUUGUAUAUAACAUUAAUUCUGGUUAUUUCUCUUUAAUCUUUAAUGGUGUCCACAGGACUGUCUUUACAUACAUAUUUUACAGCUUUAAAUGACUACCAAAACUGUGUACAUGUAUCUGUCCAUGUACACAACUUCACCUAACUUAAAAAUUCAUGGUGUCUUCUUAAAUGUAGUAUGUUUGAAUGAAAUGCUAAUUAAAUGCAAAGGAAAAAGCUGAGUAGACUAGUGGGUGUAGCUGCCUGAAAGCAGUUGGACCCUACCAAUUGGACUAUCAUGAGCUGAUUUUUCUUUUUUUUUCCCUCCUGACUCCUGCUCUUGUAGUUAUUGUAGAUACUCUUACAAGCAAACUCUUCUGUUUGGUUCCCAUUGAAAAAUUCAGGUGAAGUACAAACCCCAAUGUUUGACUCAAUUAUGUCUGUCUCAAUUUUGUGAAAAGUAGCUCUCUUUUGUGAAAAAGGCAGAAGAAGUGCUACUAAAUAAUACUGUUCCUGCCAAGCACUCAGGUGACUCUAGAAUUUGUUCUGGAACUUCCAGACUUUUAUAAAAUCCUUCAAGUUGUCAUGUACAUUGUGAGGGGAAAAACUGAUACAUGGAAUCUGUUUCUGACUGUUCUGUGAUGUGCUCCUUGGUGCUUUACUAUGAAGAGAUGACUAUUUUCACUGCUAAAUACAAGAUAACUGAAAGCGUGCAUUUUGUGGUGAACAUUUUUAGUCAUAUGUAAAUGAUCAUGAAUAAAAUUUUAAUAGCUUA